GCCAAAGGUCAUGACCUUUCAAGAUACCAAAUCCGAAGAUGAACAAUAGCCCAGAAUACGUCCCUGGUACAUGACGAAUUGACGUUAGCUACAUAUGUUGGUUCGAGUCGAAUGCCAAAAUGCAUCCAUGUGUCUUGUAGACCGGUCGUCCACGGUGACCCCUUCGUUCCUUCGAGCAUGCGCCGAUGCAAACAACAGGUCGUUGGUGGAAUUGCGACGCCUAGAGCUCCAACGUAUUGACAUUCGCAAUCAGCUGGGCAUUUCCAAAGCUACAAUGGCCCAGUGGACGGCGGAGCAUCAAGCCCUAGUGGCCAACGGCGCCUUUGACAACUCGACACCAAACACUCCUCAAACAUAGUAUAUAAGCUACAACCAAGUUACAGAACAAGCACUAAUCCUAACAAAUGAAUGCAAGUUAUAGUUUACGGUA